GAGGAGGGGAGGGAUAGCCACCACGAUCAGCCUUUUUGACUCGCCCGAGUCUGCUCUGCCAUCAUGGCUUUACACGCACUGUGAAUUCCCUGACGUCGUCAAUCUGCUCUGCCCUUGGCCUGUUGCGAUGAUGAGGAAGUGGACAGCGCUCAGAGGUCCGAGCGUUGCGCUGCGCUAAAAGGAAGCGUUGUUGAAUGCUGCGCAGCGCGACGAUGGACGAGGGAGCCGAGCGUGAGCGAUGUUCAAGCCGCGAUCAACGAGGGGAGCCGUGCGAGAGAAUGGAGAUGAAGUUGCGAAGCAGACGCGAUGGAGCGAGCAUCGUCGUCGAUGUCUGCGACUAGACUACUGCAUUGUGAGCCAAUCAGCGCCGCCGCCGUCGCCCAACUUUCUUUGUUCGUCCCACAGGGUCCAGGAGUCGCGGCGUGAAGCUCGCGGCGUUGAAGCUCGCGGCGUUGAAGCUCGCGACUUGACGCCGCGCCCGCCUCAGCUCCCAACUCCGGUCGGCUGCAACGGCGGCGACGAGGGCGGCGACGAUGACGAGGGCAAAUGCAACGAACAAAGGCGGUCGAGGCGUAGUCAUGAAUGGCCCGUCCGUCCUUUGAGAGGGAGCGGAUCUCAUUGCAAGUCUGCGGUACGGCCUCUGCCAUGUCGCUGUCGCAGUCCCUGGUGCUGGUGCUGGUGCUGGGCGGAACGAGCCGUCGAUCGAGCUUUAACUUUCUCUACUCACCCGAUUCAGCCCCAAGCUGUCCCUCCAAGCUGCUGGCGCGAUAGUGAAGAUGUGUCGACCAGACGAUGGCAACGGCGAUAGAUGAAGUGGCGGCAGAACGAGCUGAUCAAGGAAACGCGGAAAGAGGAGGACGGAGGAGG